UCCGCCUUUCUCUGCUCUCUGCCUCUGUGCUCCACGCGCAACACCGAAUCAUGAGGCUUGAAACUCUGCUCGUUGCGUUUGUGCCUGUCUCGGUGACUGCAUUCUCUUUCGUGUCGAAGUUGAGACCUAACCAAUUCUCGUUGGAGGUCAGGCCGCAGGUUAUGUCGCGAUAUCGGACUGGACGAGCAAGUCGACCACGCACCUUGCGGCCUUUGUGGAUGAUGAGUUUUGGAGCUGGUGCAACUGAUCGAUAUUCAUGGGAUGAAACGGACAAGGAAGUGAACGUCAAGGCGCGACUACCUGCGUGGGCCAAGGGCAAGUCUGUCGUCCUCGACAUGACCAACACCCACGUGAAACUGUUUCUCAAGGAAGAGGAGUCCACGCCCAUCAUUGAGGGCGACUUACGAGGAGCUAUCUUGAUGGACGGCAGCUAUUGGACGAUGGAGACCCUCGAUGACAAUGGCAAGAUGCUUUACCUCACCCUGGAGAAGGCGCCGCAGCUUACUGGAUUGGGUCCUUGGAUGGGUGUUGUCCAGGGUGAGAAACAAGUGAACUCGGACUACCCCGAAGAGGACAAGGCGGCGGAGAUAGCUGCCAUGGCUCACGAGGAGAAGAAGGCACAAGAUGCUGAGUCGGGCACACCGAAGCAUACCGGAGUUGUGGACGAGGAUGGCUUUUGCAGAGACCUGCUGGCUGUGCAGGCGAUGAGUGGGGCAAUGGUUGCGCGACAAGUACCAGUGAAUGGAAAUGCUCUUUUCUCCGCGGUGGCGAUCUCCAAAUGGUUCAUCGAAAGCGGUGAACAUCCUGAUGCCUCGUCGCCGGAGAUUGAAACAAUAGCAAAGGAUUUGCGGCAGAAAACGCUGGACUACCUUACAAAAGCAUACAAAGAGAACGCCCCAAUCUACAUGUCGGGGGAGUACAUGGACGCCAGGCCGUUCGUGGCCGCUCAGGCGAAAGCUAACAGCAUGGCCGACGGGGACGAGUACUUACAGGCGAUGCGGGAUGACACUAUGUGGGGAGGAGGUGGAGAAGUCGUGGGUCUGACUCAUGUGCUCAAGAGGCCACUACACGUGUACGAUCUGGUUUCAACAGGCCGACGGUUUGGCCUGAGAGUCAUUGGGAGGUUCGGGGCCCCGCUGUACGCUAAAGAGAGGCCGAUCCACAUCGUCAGUACGUACGCGAGAUUCCCCGACCUAGACCCUGGAAGUCAGUCUGCUGAAGGGAACCACUACGUAGCCUUGUAUCCGUACGAAGACGUUCCGGAGAAGAACAAAGGGAAGCUCUGAAUCCUCAAGACUGAGCGUUUGGUUUUCGGUUUGCAAGAAUCACCACUCAAGUAGUUCCCACAGGAUGGGUGAGGUCCCAUUUGUCACGUGAAUGUCAUGUUUGUGUUGCGCUGUCGUGGAAAGAGCAACGGAACGUAGUUAACAUGGUGUACCUUUCGGUACACGUGGUCUAGAGGAGCAUACAGUAGAAGUGACAAAGCGGUCAGGCAGGUGCGCUCGUGUUGACCUGGUCCGUUGCCUUGUAUUUG